CCUCUACAGUUCUCAUCUCCCUUUCUCUCACUUCCUCAGUGGCCAAAGUCUUCUCCAAAACCUCUCUCCAUCCUUGGGUCAAGAGUUUUCUCUCCUGUGGCUUCUGCACCUGUUCUCUUAACUCCCUGGGUUGGCAUCUUUGGUGUCUUCCAGUUCCUUCUCUGUGUUCUAGAAGCUUCAGCCUCAAGGAGAUGACCGAUUGAUACCUUGGAGCCUGCCUUCUUGCAGCUAUGACCCAUGCUUUGCUGACUUUUCUGCCUCAGGACCCUCAGCUUGUGUGGGGACACACCAGCUCUCUAAAUUCUCUUAGGAAGUCGUGCCUUGCUCCAUUCCUAUCUGCCUGGGCUGACUGGGUCUUGUGGUGAUCUCUUUGUCUCGAAUUAAGAGAGCCUGACCUAUUCAGAGGUCUUUCCCUGAAGAGGGGCUCAGAGAAGCAGAAGUAUAAGUAUCUGCUAUCCUUUAAGUAUCUUAUCCUUUAAGAUUGCUAACUGGCAAAAUCCACUAUAUACUAGUCUUAAACCCACUACUUGAUAUACUUGAUAUACUACCUGGUCCCCGACUUUUAAGUCCUGACUUUGAUCUAAUUUCCAUUCUCCUGUGACCCCACCCCAGCCCCAUGUUAUGGUUCUGGGAAAGCUCAGGUCCUCUCUUGGGUUAAUUUAUUUGCUCCAUUCAGGACAGAGAACUCUGAUCCAAAACCAGCAACUCACUCUUUCUCCCCUCACCUCCACAGGCUUGAGAAUAUGCUAUUCCUCCCUCCCCUUUCCACCCUGGACCUCACACUGUGGCCUUUGCCUCAGAACCUCUGAGACUGGUACCCAGGCAAGGCAAAAUGCCCCUGUCUCCAACAAGACUGCCUAGCCCCUAUGACUCUGAUCGGCUAGUACGGCUAGCAGCCAGGCUCUGGCCAGCACUAUGUGAUACCAUGAUCACUGUGGGGAGCCAGGAGUUCCCUGCCCACAGCCUGGUGCUGGCAGGUGUAAGCCAGCAGCUGGGCCACAGGGGCCACUGGACUUUAGUGAAAGGAAUCAGCCCUUCCACUUUUGCACAGCUUCUGUACUUUGUUUAUGGGGAAAGUGUUGAGCUGCAACCUGGGGAACUGGGGCCUCUUGAGGAGGCAGCCAGGACCUUGGGGGUACAGUGUCUGGAAAAGGCAUGCAGGAAAGCUCAAAGAGACAGGGCUAGAGUAAAGCUGAGUCAAGAGCUGAAGGAGGAGCCAGAGAGACCCACAAGGGAUUCUAAGAGAAGAGUGAGGGGUCUUGGAGAGCAGAAACCAGAGAAAUUUAUUAGAACUGGUGGGAGAGAACAGGAGACAAUGCACAAUCACAGGUCACUAAGAGACAGCCCUGAGAUAGUAGACGCAUUGCAGGAGGGUCAGGGGGAGCAGAGGAGAUCAGAGGAAAAACCCAACCAAUCCCUAGUUGACCACAGAGGUAUAGAUGGGAAACAAGAAGUGAUCAUGUGGGUAAGGGAGAGUCCAGGAGGCUCUGAGGAAAGUCUGGGAGAAUUGCCUGGCCCCCGUCCCCACCCAGGUUCCCUCCAUACUAGCAUCACCUCUAGGCCCUGGUGGGCUGAGGCCCCUUGGUUAGGGGAGGGCCAGCCUGCCCUAUGGAGGAGCUUCCUGUUGUUGCCGCAGGGAUAUGGCAGUCCCUUCUCCCAUAGCACUCCCAUUACUGGAGCUUGGCAAGAGGUCUGGCCUCAGGACCAGAGGAUCCCACUGUCUCUAAAUCUCCACAAAAGUCUCUGGAGCCAAAACCAGUUGGCUUUCUCUAGACCUACCUCAGGUUUCCUCCCCCAGGGCCCCAUAAAGCUCAGCCCUGGGGAGAUGGAAGAGUCUGAACAGAGGCACACAGGUGCACUUGCCACCUGUGUGGGUCAUGUGGGCAAAGCAGGCCAUCCAUCUCGCCAACGUCCUCCUCAGCUCCCUCCUGCUCCGCCCAGGCCCUAUUCUUGUUCUGUUUGUGGAAAGAGGUUUUCACUCAAGCAUCAGAUGGAGACACACCAUCGAGUUCACACAGGAGAGAAGCCCUUCUCCUGUGGCCUCUGUCCUCAGCGCUCCCGAGACUUCUCAGCCAUGACCAAGCACCUGCGGACACACGGGGUUGCACCCUACCGCUGCCCUCUGUGCGGGGCCGGCUGCCCCAACCUGGCCUCGAUGCAGGCACACAUGCGCGGCCAUUCACCCAGCCAACUCCCGCCGGGAUGGACUAUUCGUUCCACCUUUCUCUACUCCUCCACCUUAAGGCCAUCUCGGGCCUCGACCUCCCUGUAGGCCCCCUUCCUCCUCCACCUGAAGGGAUAUGAAGCUUCUCUGCCUUCAGACAAAUAAUGAAAACAUUGAAGAUGGGCUGGUGGGCUGACUAGGCUUUUGACCUGGCACCGCGGUUUCGGCUGUCUAGCAAAUUCGGCUCUAAGAAGCAUCGCAGAAAGGCCGCCAAGAGUCCUCUUCCACAUGACCGCGGGGUGCAGAAGCCUGGGUUAGCGAUCCCGCGUGGGGAUUUCACAAGCGAAGGUUAACUAUGCGGGGACUGUUUAUUUCAUCACCCAAAUAAAGCGUUUUCUGUGCUUUCCUCUCA